UGUUUUUAUAAAACGUAAUAUUUGCGUGAUUGCAAAAUAAUCGCAUUCGCACGCUCAUAUUAUAACGAUCGAUUUCGCCUACGUAACUUUUUUACACGCGCGUUUUUGCAUAAAACCACCGAUCUACGUUUGAAUAAUAAAUUUGGGGGCAGUAGUGCGCGAGUUUACCCCCAGUGUGUGGUGAAUGGGAAUUUCAUUCAAUCAAUUCGCACGUGACCAAGGGAAAAUGGAGUGAGUAGGGGAGCGUCGUUGGUUUGGUCCAGAGCGUAUUGAUCCGCGGGCUAGAGACAAAACUUGUCGAGUUUGCCUGAAGAGCGCGUGGGGUAGUAGUCAUUUUUGUGCGGAACGUUUCGAAAAUGGGGGAUAAAGAUAAAAUUGAGGACGAAAUCGUCCUUAAGCCAAAGAUGAGCUUAAUGAAUGGGAUUACGGUGAUCGUUGGUAGUAUUAUCGGUUCGGGCAUUUUUGUUUCCCCCGCUGGGGUGCUCAAGUACACGGGUAGUGUGAACGUCUCGUUGAUUGUCUGGACCGUCUCUGGAGUCUUUUCCAUGGUGGGCGCUUAUUGCUACGCAGAAUUGGGGACGAUGAUCAAGAAGAGCGGCGCCGAUUACGCUUACAUAAUGGAGACGUUCGGCCCGUUCCUGGCAUUCAUUCGAUUAUGGAUAGAGUGCAUGAUCGUAAGGCCAUGCUCUCAGGCAAUCGUGGCACUCACCUUCAGCGUUUAUGUCAUGAAGCCACUUUUUCCCGAAUGUCAGCCACCGGAAGACGCGGCGCGCUUGCUGGCAGUUUGCUGCAUUUGUAAGUAUUUUCACGAACUUGACGAGAGAGAGACUAAUUGUUAAAUAGAGUAAUUGUGG